GGCGGGGCGAAGAACUGGAAAGGGAGGGUCCCAGCGUGCGCGGAGCCCCGACCCAGUCCCGGGCACAGGGGACUCUGGCCCGGGAGGGAGGGAGGGUUCCCGGGAGGGAACCCUGGAAGGGCCUCACCACCCGCCAUGGGCUCCGACGACUUGGACGUGACCAUUCAGAUUCCGGAGCCGGUCUCGCGCUGUCAGGAAACAGGCCUAGACCCAGAGAGAAGGGAGAGAGGGAAUCAGCAGCCGGUGGUGAUUCUGCUGGGCUGGGGAGGCUGCACCGACAAAAACCUGUCCAAGUACAGUGCCAUCUACUUCAACAGGGGAUGCAUCGUGAUCCGCUACACGGCCCCCUGGCAGAUGGCCUUCUUCGCGGAGCCCUUCGGCAUCCCCUCCCUGCGCGGCCCUGCUAAGAAGCUGCUGGAGCUGCUCUUCGACUACGAGAUCGAGAAGAAGCCCCUGCUCUUCCACGUGUUCAGCAACGCGGGGGUCAUGCUGUACCGCUACGUGGUGGACCUGAUCCACACGCACCGCCAGUUCAGCCACCUGCGCGUGGUGGGCACCAUCUUCGACAGCGCCCCCGGCAACAGCAACGUGGUGGGCGCCCUGCGCGCGCUCUCCACCAUCCUGGAGAACAAGCGGCCAGCCCUGCGCGUCUUCCUGCUGCUGGCCUUCGCGCUGGCGGCCAUCCUGGUGAAGCUGCUGCUGGCGCCCAUCACCGCCAUCUUCCACAUCAACUACUACGACGCGCUCAUGAAGCAGUCGUCGCGCUGGCCCGAGCUCUACCUCUACUCCAAGGCCGACCGCAUCAUCCGGGCCAGCGACAUCGAGCACAUGGUGGUGGCGCGGCUGGAGCAGCAGGUGCUGGUGCGGGCCGUGGACUUCUCGGCCUCGGCCCACGUCAGCCACCUGCGGGACUACCCCACCUACUACACCAGCCUCUGCCUCUCCUUCCUCUACAACUGUGUGCACAUGUAGGGCCAAUAAAAGGGGCCCCCCUCCAGCUCGGGCUGUCA